AUGCAAAAAGACACUAAUGCGAUCUUGGAGACACUAGUUUGUACAGUUGAUUCGGAAUCUUGUAUGAAAGGUGUUUGUUCGAAGUGUAAGACCCGGGGCAUAGUUUAUGAAAAAAAUAACCGAGAAAGAAUUGUGCCACUACGUCAGUGGGUAAGGAAAAGCGAAGUUGUAGAAAAGGGAGGAAAAAAGAUAAAGAUUUCAAAAAAUGUCCCUGUUACCGAAAAUCACACUAUUCAAGAAGUUAUUAAAAAAUUUGAAAAUGAACUCAUGAAUUUCAGAACUCAUGUCUACAACAUCCGACAUCAAUACAAAGCAUACCGACAGUGUAUCUAUGGUCUUACUGGAACUGAAGUAGCUUUACAUAUAGAUUUUAGUGAGAAUUAUGCGUGUAAGUACCAUUCUGAAGUUCAGUCUCACCAUUUUGGUUCUCGUAAUCAAGUUACCCUCCAUACGGCCGUGAUGUACAAUUAUUCUACUGAAACACAAUCAAUAGAAGUAACUUCAUACUGUACAGUUUCUUCUAAUCAGAACCAUGGACCUUCUGCGAUCUGGGCUCACCUGCACCCAAUUCUUUCUGAAGUAAAAAAUAAACAUCCUGUUGUAACAACGGUUCACUUUUUUUCUGAUGGACCUGCGACCCAGUAUAAGGAGAAGAUUAAUUUCUACCUAAUGGCAAAUAGGUUUUUCGAAAAUUACGAGUUUCGUAAAAUAUCUUGGAACUUUUUUGAGUCAUGGCAUGGGAAAGGAGCUGCCGAUGGAGUUGGUGGAACCUUAAAACGCCAAGCUGAUGCUAUAGUAGCUAGAGGGGCAGAUAUUGCAGACGCAUAUGAAUUUUUUUCUACACUUCAAGAUGUCAGCAAAAUUAAGUUGUUUAUGGUGACAGACGAAGACAUUGAAAACGUUGCAAAAACUAUUCCCAGUAAAAUUACACCCCUGAAAGGAACUAUGCAAGUUCAUCAGAUGUUUACAGAAACUCGUGGAAUAUUAAACUAUAGGAUACUGAGUUGUUUUUGUGAACGGUUCUGUUCCUGUCACGGUCCUAAAACUUAUCAGCCUACACUACCCGACACUGAAGAUAUAGCGAAUCAGAAGUCUUCUUACGAAGAAGAUGAACCUAAUCUUGGAACAGAAGAUUUUUCUCUUGCUGAUAUUACGAAUAAAAUUGGGAUGCCUAGUAAAAGAUUUUACGAUAUCGUGUAUUAUAGCCCGAGUGAAUCAUCUGAUGAAGAUCAGCCACUGGUCACAUAUAUAACUAAGGAUUCUAUCAAUCCACCCGUGGUAUCCGGUACUUCAUACCAAACACUGCAGCCUCAGGACAUUCAUCCAAAUAAAAUAGAAGACGGAGUUUACGUUUUAGUUAAAGUACGAAGCGAGAGGAAUGUUCUCUACACUUACGCUGGAGUUGUUAAAAGUACCGUCGACGAAGAAGGUGAUGUUCUGGUAAUGUUCCUUAAAACCAUCGAUGAUAGUGGAAGACUAUUUAGAUUGGUGGAGAAUGACUUAUCGGAUGUUCCAUUUGAUGAUUUGAUUGAAAUCUUACCUACUCCUAGAGUUGUUAGAAAAGGAAGAAGACAAUUUUUGGAGUUCGAAAAGCCACUGCCAGUAUUCGAGAAAUAA